AUGACUUCCAUCAGAACUUCGACGUCUCCUAGAACUUCGGACAUUACGUUGGUGAAUCCGUUGGCGGAUGUGAUUGAUGCAGACUCGAUUAGUUCUGGCGGAACGGGUGGUGGGACGAUUUGUCAGGUCUCAACACGGAUCGUGAAAAGUCUGAGAGAACUGUCGAGGAGGUCAGAAAAUCUAAUUGCGGGGUCGGUCCCUCCAGGUUUGGACAAAGAAGAUAUUGUAAAUCAUACCAUCAUGGCUGUCAGAAUCUGUUGCGACGAACGAAGGGAAUCAAUGGACAACUUUACGACCUUGGUCGGACAAGCUGUAUCUGGGGAUGACCCGAUAUCGCAUGGAGAUCCGGAAGUGGUCACGACAGAGAGAGUGAAAGUGUUAGGAGACCGAAAUCGGAUCGGUAGGAUCUGGGGAUAUUGGGUACAAGCCUGGCCGAACGAGGAGACACCGGAGGUAUUGUCGCAGGAUGUGGACACCUGA